AGAUAUACUUAGAUAUAGAAUCUAGACUAGUAGAUAAUUAAGAUAUAGACAUACACAUAGUAACGAUAGUUACAGUACCGUCACGUACUGAGCCCGUGUACGACAAUAUGUGACAUAUCAUACACAUAGACUAUGAUAGUUGAUACAUAGAAUGAUAGAUAAAAGAUUAGUAUUUUGGAACUUGAAUCUAGAGGAGGUUCUUAUAUUUUGAACACUCCAUCGAAUUCUCCUUUCUUGACUUGAACGGGUCGCUUUUUUUGUUUGUAAUUCAUUUGUUUUUAUGUCUGGAGCUAAAAACGACGUUUCGGGACUGCGCAUGUCCAAUUUUAGAUAAGUUACGGUAAUUUUGUUCCGUUUUUCCAAAGCAGAUGGCAGUUAUUUAGAUUCUCAGUAACCGUAUCUAAAUCAGAAUGGGAUGUGAUGGUGGCACAAUUCCUAAAAGAGAUGAGCUCGUACGAACAAAAAAGAAAGGGGAAAAGAAAGAUAAGAUUUCAGAGUUAGCUUUCAAAUGGAAACAUUGUGCAAUCAGUCAAGAGGCUUUGGUUAAACCUAUAGUGGCAUGUGAACUUGGAAGAUUGUACAACAAAGAGUCCAUUCUUGAGUUUCUACUUGACAGAAGUAAAUUUGAUGUAGCUGCACAGUUGGAUCAUUUACAUGGAUUAAAGGAUGUUAAAGAGCUCAAUCUAACUGAUAAUCCAGAGAAAAGGCCUAAAGAUGCAGAUAAAGGAGACAGUUACACAGAUCCUAGUAUCUCUGACUUUAUUUGCCCUGUUGUUGGUUUAGAAAUGAGUGGCACAUUCAAGUUUUGUUUUAUUUGGUCCUGUGGUUGUGUUAUGUCUGAGAGAGCAUUGAAAGAAGUUAAAACUGAUGUAUGUCACAAGUGUGGGAAAUCUUACAAAGACGAGGAUGUCAUUGUGCUUAAUGGAACUGAAGAGGAAGUGGCUGACAUGAGAAGAAAUAUGGAAUUAAGACGAUCUUUAGCCAAACUUUCAAAGAAAAAUAAAAGAGCAGAGAAACACAAACUCUUAAAGGAUCCAGGAGAAGUUGCAACAUCUAGUAAACAGCAAUGUACAAAUGAAUCUGAAACUCCUGCAGCUGUGAGUGUGAAUGGUCAGCUAACUACUACAGCAUCAACUAGUUCUAAUAGACAGGAGAGCGCUAGCAGUAAAGUCGUUAAGGAUUCAAGAUCUGGCAUUGGUCGCUUCAUCACCAACAAUGGGAAGUCCUCAACUGAUAGAGUAGGAAAAUCUAAACUGACAAACUCCACCCAGUCAAGCAUACAAAAUGAUCCAAAAGCCAGUCAGACAUUCAAGUCUUUGUUUACCAGCAGUGAAGAUGCUAAGUCAAGAAAACAGGCCCACUGGGUGACUUAUAAUCCACUCUAUUACUAAACUGACAUGUUGAGUAGUCUGCUCUUGUUCGAUGCAUCUACAAUAGUCCUGUUUGAAGUGUACAUUAACUAUUAUUUCAAUUAUGUUUUUACUCCACUUGUAUAUGUUGUUAACGUUGUAAUGCUUAGCUAUAAGAAUCUGACUAGUCCAUGAAGAAAUUGGUUACUGUAUCAGCAAAAGGAUUUUCAAAAUUUUUUAAAGAAUUUGUUGACAACAUCAAGACACCAUUUUUUUUUUCAUUGUCUUUUUAUUUUUUCAUUGAUUUAUGUUUGUGUUAGAAGUGUUAAGAAUCCUGUAGCUCUUUGGUAGACAAAGUUAAAAAAAAAAGAAUAAAUAACACACAAAACA